CUUCCGGGUUUCAUUCACCAAAUCCCUGCUGGACUAAUCGGUUGUCAACAUUUAUUUUAGGCACUUUGGCGUUAAAAUAUAAUGUAUAAUUAUCUAAUUAGCAAGUCCGAACUAAAAAACGUAAUAUUUUAAGAAUAUUUCGUGUUUAAAUUAACUCAAAGUACGACGUUAUUUCUGAAUUUGAGAGGAAGCAUGGCUGCUGUGGACAGCUUCCACUUGCUGUACAGGGAAAUUUCCCGAUCGUGCAGCUUUUAUGUGGAAACUCUGGCUGUGGUGGGCGCUUUAUACACGGCCAGCAAGGCUGUCAUCCUGCUGAAGGACUGCUGCGAGAUGGUCAGGUUGCAUUUCCUGCCUAGGAUAAUUCCCAGCAGGAAGUUGAGGCAAAGAUAUGGAGACUGGGCUGUUGUUUAUGGUGCAUCAGAACCUGUGGCGCAAGCCUACGCCGAGGAACUGGCCCGUCAAGGCCUCAGCAUCAUUUUCGUCACCAAGCACCGCUCGGCCAUUAGCGACUUUGCCGCUAAUCUCACCCAGAGCUACGGCGUGGAAACUAUUUUGGUCCACGUCGACUCAAACUGGGACGAGGCGGCCGGUAAGCCCGUCAGAGACGCCCUAAGGGGAAAAGACGUGGGUUUUCUGGUGAACUGCGUGGAUGAGGCGUGCUCGGCAUCCAGGGAACUGCUGGAGACGUCCGAGCAAAGGUUGAUGGAGGUGAUGGCUGAUAACGUGGCCGGCGUCACAUUGCUGACCCGAUUGGUGCUGCCGGGCAUGCUGGAGCGCGGGCGAGGGGCCGUGGUUAACAUCUCGUCCAGUGCGUGCUGUCGGCCAAUGCCUGGGAAAGUGACGCUAACCGCUGCUACUGGAUACUUGGAUCAUUUCUCGAGAGCUCUCCACCUUGAGUACGGUGCAAAGGGAGUCUUUGUACAAAGUCUGCUGCCAUUCCAGAUCGCCUCCAGUAAUCAUCUCCCUGCAUCAUCCACCGAAGGCUGGUUUGCGCCCACGCCGCAGGUGUACGCGCACCAUGCCAUCUCCACCCUGGGCGUGUCCAACCGGACCACCGGCUACUGGCCGCACACGCUGCAGUACGGACUGAUGAAGUGCAUCCCGGAGUGGAUUUGGAUUCUGGGCUGUCGAGUGUUCAUCAGUUAAAAAGUCAUUCCUAAUUAACGUGGUUUGCUAUUGCUAAGAAUGGCAGUGGACUGUCAUGUGACAAGUGUCUCCUGGAGAAUAUUAUCUGUCCUUCAGAUACAUAACACCACAUGAUAUGUGAAAUUAAUGUCAUGGUUUAGCCUGAAAAACAUCUUGGAGUGCUUAACUUUGCUUAAGUAUAGUAUUUAUUGAUGGAAAUACAAUGGAUGACAAAAAAGUCAGGCUAGAUAUUAGGUGAUAAAGUGCAAUAUUUGUGUAUAAAACUGCAAAAGUCGACCAGAAAUGAACAUAUUGCAUUCAGUUUUUUCAUGAAAAUGUAGUAUUAUACCAUCAAUACACCAUGGAAGUAUUGUGUUUUGCCUUGAAAGCAUAUAAAAGGCAGUAACAGACUAUGGAUAUAUCAAAUUUUGCAUUGAAAACAUGCUAUUCGUUCUCAAAAAAGCUAUGUUAGACCAUGGAAAUAUUGUGUUUUGACUUGAAAAACAAUUUUUUGUUUGCGAAUAAAUGCUUCGAAGCCAUGGAAAAUUAAAUUUUUGCUCUGGAAAAGAAAUGUUGUUCACAAAAAGGCUACUGUAUAUUCUGUAAUCCAUAAAUCAUAUACUCUGACCCAAAAUAUCUCCUGAAUGGAUUAAUUGUAUCCUAUUGAAAAUACCGUGUUUUGCUGUGUAAAACUGCAAAUAAAAGCUUAUACAAUGUG